AUGCUACCGGAGCGCGGGCAGCUGAGAUCUGGCGCACCGCGACCGCCUUGCAAGAUGCCACAAAGCCCAUGCCUCUUGAACCGUUUAUCCGAGGUGCAGGAGGAAAACUGCAGCCUCCAUCGCCAAAUCAAACGUCUUUCUGGCGAGCUUGAAGCAAAAUCUGUAAUUAUCCAACAGCGAUUGGACGAUAAAAUCGUUUCAUCCACCAGUCAAGCCUCAGCUUUAUCCACCAAUCAGAGGUCGACCUCGACAACGGCCGCGCCCUUGAAGUCCUCUGAUCUGUUCUCCGGUGCUUUGGGCAGCGUCAAGUCAAAAUUGAAAUUGCUGGAGUCGGUUGCCCUUCCUGGUUCACAAGCCAGCAGUCUUUCCACCUCCCGGGAGCUUCGUGGACUCAAACAACUGUGCGAAGAACUUAUGACCAGAAAUAUUGUCCUGGAACAGGCCCUUGAAGAGACCCUUAGAAAAUCAGAACCCUGA